CUAUCAUUCUCUGACGUUAUCAAAUUUUGGAUUUUCAAGAAAAACAGAUUACACUUUGAGAUAACACAGCUAUAAAGAUUAAAGAAAGAACUCAUUUCAACUACUACACAAAAUCAGAAAUCGCAACAACUUCACAAUCUCACCACCACCUCUCUAUUUAAACACCAUUGCACACAUCAAACAAUCAUCAGCUCAAAAUCUCUUUUCUAAUACAAAGAACAGAGAAACACUUUGACAAGUCACCAUUCUUAAUGAUGAUCAAGCAAUCACCAUUCUUGCUUUUGACAGCAAUCUUGUUCACAGUUGCUGUGAUUGCAGCAGCUCUUGAUCCUGCACCUGAAGACCCCAUUUUCGAACUCUACAUGCACGAUUUACUUGGAGGAAGCAGCCCCACCGCAAGACCCAUCACGGGUUUGCUAGGGAAUAUUUACAAUGGUCAGGUUCCGUUUGCGAAGCAGAUUGGUUUCACUCCUCCCGAAAACGGUAUAGCCAUACCCAAUGCCAACGGCGCACUCCCAACGGUUAACGGCAUCAACGGUGUACCACUUGGAACCGGCUUGUCUGGCACAGCAUACUCUGGUCAGAACCUGAAUGGGAUUCAGACUCAGUUGGGUCCUGAUGGUCUGAGUCUUGGGUUUGGCACCAUCACUGUCAUCGAUGACAUACUCACAUCUGGUCCUGACUUGGGUUCGCAGCCGCUUGGUAAGGCUCAAGGAGUUUAUGUUGCAAGUUCUGCAGACGGAAGCACUCAGAUGAUGGCUUUCACAGCUAUGCUCGAAGGUGGAGAGUACAACGACAACCUCAACUUCUAUGGAAUUUAUAGAAUUGGAAGUGCCAUGUCGCAUCUGUCAGUGACUGGAGGAACAGGUAGAUUCAAGAACGCUUGUGGGUUUGCAGAGGUCAGGCCAUUGAUUCCAUCAGGUCAGCAUGAAGUGGAUGGAGCAGAGUCUUUACUGAGGAUCAUUGUCCAUCUGAAGUACUAAGAAAACACAAAAGGAGCCUUACCAAAAUAUUAUAAAUUUGUGCAUGUGUGUUGUGUGAAUGUUCUUUGUUUGUUGUAUGUAACAGUUAUUGAUUAAAACUAAAUCACAGAAACCCUUGAAAUAUCUAAGAUGUUAAAGUGUAUUCCGAGCAUUGCUCUAAA